AGACAACCUUUUUUGGGAUAGAAACACAAAGAUUCAUUCUGUUCAUAAGAUAGUUUAGUUGUUGAGAUCUUGGUUCAUGAUUUUUCGAGGUCAUAUGGGAUAUGCAACAUCUUCUUUUAUAAUCUGUGCCCUUGUUUUCUUACUCACCAAAGAUUUGGUAUUUUCUCAGACUUUGUCUACUGAUUGCGUUCUUGAUAUUAGAAAUUCCACCUUCAGAAACAAAUUCAACUGUGGAAUAUACAAGUGGGUCGGAUUUAUCAAUGAGAAAUCAUGUUGUGGAGGAGCUUUUGAUGAGUACCUCUAUGCAUUGGGGCGGCAGGCCAAUCUUACUGGAGGCAUACUUGAAUUUGACUGAGCAAGAAAACUGGUUGACAUUGAUGAGAAAUGUUUCAGGCUGUGGCAUUGAGAGGUUAACCAGUGGACCAGGCGGCUGCUCUAACUACACUGUUUCAGAUGUUGUCAACAGGCUUGGAGAUGGAUUUGGGAACUUACACAAGGACUGUAAGAAUUUAGGCUCCGGUAGCAGACAGGACCAGUCUUGCAGUGCCUGUCUGAGAAGGUGGGAAGAGAUUGGAGGAUCAACAGAGGUUGAAGAUGAUGUCUGUCGGUUUGCAGUUUUAGUAUCUGUGAUAGAUCCUAACCAGUUGUUCUUUUCCCUUCAUUCUGUUGUGAGUUUUCUUGAGCAUAAGAUUCAUAACAGGAAAAGGAAAGAAGAAAGUCUUCCUGAAGCUGAAAAAUAUGACUCCAGCACCAGCAGUCUGAAGAUUUCAGUUAAGGAAGUUUAUAUGGCAAAAAACAAUCUCAAUCCAUCUAACUUCAUUGGCCAGGGCAUAGCAGGAAAGGUUUAUAGAGGCUUACUCUCAAAUGGACACCGUGUUGCAGUUAAGCACAUAAUCAAUGAUGGGGAAAUAGAUACAUUUGUCCGAGAAGUCAGAAGCUUAUCACAUAUCAGACAUCCAAACCUUGUAGCUUUACUCGGAUAUUGUGAAAAUGAAGAUGAAUGUUUCCUGGUUUAUGAGCUCUGCGACAAUGGCAACCUUUUGGAAUGGCUAUAUGCGCAAGAAGCCUCUGGUUUCUCCAUACUUACCCCGAAGGCUGUAUUGUUCAUCGCGACGUUAAGGUAUCCAACAAAUAUUCUAAUCAAUGCUGACUUUCAAGCAAAACUCUCAGACUUUGGAUUGUCUAAGGUUAUGGACAUGGGUCAAUCCUAUGUGAGCCCCGAGGUCAGAGGAACAUUUGGUUAUGUUGAUCCUGAGUACAAGAGAAACCGUAGGGUAAAUGCUUCUGGAGAUGUUUACAGUUUCGGGAUUGUACUCCUACAGCUCCUGUCAGGGCAGAGGGUGCUUGAUAUGAACCUAAACAAACUAUUACCCAUAAGUAAAAUGGUAAGAAACCUCAGCAAAGAAGGUGACACAACAGAAUUUGCAGAUCCUAAGCUUAAUGGAGACUAUUCGAAAGAAGCAUUUGACCUCGUACUCGACCUAGCUUUGUCCUGCACAGGGCGCAAGCAAGAAAGGCCGUCCAUGGAACAGGUAGUACUAAGACUAGAAAAAGCACUCGAGAUCUUCUAACAGCAAAAAAGCUACCACAUUUGC